UCUAUUUAGGUAUUCUGUCCGUACGAAACUCGCUGCUCAGCAAUUGUUAACGGUGCUGUAAGUCGGGAAGGCAGUAGGAGGGAGUUGUUGUGCAUCCUCUGUCACUUUACCUCCAUUUUAUCAUCUGCUGUGAAGGGAGAUAGGCCUUGGUGCACGGGAAGACUCUGUUUUUGUGAAUUAGUUAAUAGUUAGAGUAAAAAAAAACAUUCAAAAAUGGCUGACCGUAUGAAACCCAUGGGUAUGGAUCGUGCACUUUCGAGCAAGGAAACAGGUGGCGCUUCCUCAAGCACCGAUAGCACAGGUCGACUCAAACACACCUCAAUGCGGCGAACUUUAUCGAGAACAGGCUCACUACAUCAAGACAAACGGAUGGGCGCCAAGUACGACCCUCAGGCCGAGGCUGAAGUUAGGCAGUGGUUCAAACAGCUUUUGAAUGAAGACAUUGGCGAGGGUGCCAUGACUGUAGAGAAGAACCUUAAAGACGGAGUCCUUCUUAUCAAAUUAUUGCAAAAGUUAUACGAGGGAACACCAAACCUUCCCAUGGAAUGUAAUAAAAUAAAGCUCAGAUACAACACUUCGCCUCUUCCCUUCAAGCAGAUGGAAAACAUCGAAUUGUUUUUGAAAGGCGCCAAUGCCUACGGUGUCCCCGACAACAGCCUCUUCCAGACAGUGGACUUGUACGAAGGCAGAAACAUGGCCAUGGUAAUUGCUACCAUCCUGCAGGUCGGGACAGAGGCCCAGCGCAAUGGCUUUGAAGGCCCAACCAUUGGUAACAAACCGGUCGAGAAAAACGCUCGAGAAUUCAGUUACGAGCAACUGAAAUCAAGCCAUGGUACCAUUGGUCUGCAGGCUGGUACAAAUAAACUGGACUCACAAAAAGGGAUGACAGCCAUGGGGGCUGUUCGGCACAUCUCCGAUAUCCGAGCCGACAAAUUUGACAAGCAGUCGGAGGGGUGUAUUACCCUACAAGCCGGAACAAACCAGUGGGCCAGCCAAAAGGGAAUGACGAGUAUUGGCGCCAUUCGACACAUUUCUGACAUAAAAGUAUCUAAGGCAAGCCAGGAGGGACAAGCGGAUAUUAGCCUGCAAAGCGGCACCAACAAGUUUGACAGUCAGAAAGGAAUGCGAGGAUUCGGCGCAGUUAGACAUAUUAGCGACAUUAGAGCUGAUGACCUUCUGCGAGAGGGUACUGACAAAAUCUCGCCAGUUAUCUCGUUCACUGGCGGGGACAGCCAAAAGGGCAUGCGCGGCUUUGGCGCCCAACGUCAUGUGUCUGACAUAGCGGUUGUCGAUUUGGCCGAUGAGUUUUGCAAAAAAACAGGAUACAAACCACCAAAAGCUGUCGUAAAGUCCGAUUCCAAAGGGGAUGCUCAACGAAAUGCCUUUAAUGGCCCCACUAUAGGAUCUAAACCAACCGAAAAACACGUCGUUCACUUUACAGAGGAACAGAAGAGAGCAGGUCAUGGCAUUAUUGGAUUGCAGGCGGGCACAAACAAAUGCGCGAGUCAGAAGGGAAUGAAGAUAGGAGCAGCACGCCACAUUGCUGACAUCAAAGCAGAUAAUCUCGAUCGAGCGGGCCAAGGCAUCAUUGGAGCACAAGCAGGCACGAAUCAAUAUGCUUCGCAAAAAGGAAUGAAAAUUGGUGGAGUUCGUCAUAUUGCUGACAUCCGCGCCGAUGAUAUGACACAGGAAGGCCAGGGUAUUGUUGGAGCACAGGCAGGUACCAAUAAAUUUGCAAACCAGUCCGGCAUGACGUUUGGGGCCGUGCGUCACAUUGCUGACAUCCGUGCGGAUGAUGCAACUCUAGAGGGGCAGGGCGUCAUAGGACUACAGUCCGGAAGCAACAAGGGUGCAAGUCAGUCUGGUAUGUCGUUUGGUGGUAGAAGACACGUCUCUGAUAUUAGAGUAGAUGAUAUGUCACAGGACUCGCAAGGAAUAACGGGCGGGCAAUCGGGUACGAAUCAAUUUGCGAGUCAGAAAGGAAUGUCCUUUGGGGCCGUGCGACACAUUGCUGACAUCCGUGCUGAUGACGCGACUCAAGAGGGCCAGGGUGUUAUUGGACUGCAGUCCGGAAGCAACAGGGGAGCUAGUCAAUCAGGAAUGUCAUUUGGUGCUGUCCGACAUAUUUCUGACAUCCGGGCAGACGAGUACUCACAAGAAGGAGCGGGAACAAUAGGGCUACAAUAUGGAAGUAAUAAAGGAGCGAGUCAAUCAGGCAUGAACUUUGGAAAAGGAAGAGGGGUCGCUGAUAUUCCAAUCACGGAUCUGGCAGAAUCCAUGGGAUAUACACAAUAUUGAGUAAAGGGAUCGAUUUGGGAGGGGGGAGUUAAGGGUGUUUCCUGUGAAAAGUGUACACGUCUACAGGGUCAACAGAAAGUAAAUUUGUACAGUAACCUGUGAAAUAACUAUAUAUUCUGCUAGCUAAAGAUCUUUGUUGUUUCUGCUAAAUCAUCAUUAUGUGUACGUGUAUCAAUUUUUACAAUGUCAGUAAGUCUUUUCCGAAGGGACAGAAAUUAUAGCCACAGCAAUUGCUAGAUACCUACGAGUGUGAUAUUGUUAGCACAGCAAAAUCCGAUCAUUCCUACAAAAUCAAAACGGUAUCUGUUGAUAAGUCUAAGUCUUCUGUCUCUACUAGAAGUCUUGUGAGUCACUAUGCCAAAUCACUAUGCUAAAUCACUUUGCAGUUUACGCCGAACCAUUUAUAAUCUCGUAUUGUCUUUUUGUAUUAUGUGUAAAAUGUAUCCAUUAAAUCAUCGUUUAUUAA